GUAGCACAUGACUUUUCAGUUACUCUCAUAUCUUGUGUUCCGUGUCCCCACCCUUUCUCAACACCCUCCCACCUCUGUGCCUCUCACCGGCCUCUGCUGCUGCUGCUGGGCUCCUUGUGCACAGAGAACAAAACCUGCUUGUCUGGCUCUUCAACAGGAAACCAAUCAAAGGCUGAGGUGACACAACAGACAAAUAAAUAGAAGCCGUAGUGUAGGUUUUCCGCUUGCAACCUUAAAGUGAGUGUGAAUGGCCUACACAUACACAUGCAAUGCCACGGAGAAGUCAGUUGGAUUAUACUAGCAAAUGGAUGGUUUGAAGAUUUCUAUUUUGCUAAAAAUGGAAACACGCUCACAUUUGGCACAACAAUGGCCACUGCAAGUUCAGGACAACACAAAAACUCCAAUUCCAAGCAGCUGACCAAUACAGACAGACGUUUGGUAGAAAAGGCUUUGAAAAAGUUGGAGAGGCUGUUCGAGCUGUGUACAGACCCACGUUUAGGACUUAAAAACAGCCCUCCUUACCUGCCUGACCUGGUGAGUGAGACCACGGCCUUGCUUCUUCAGAUAUGGGACCCAUACAUGGACUCUGAGGUGGCAACAGGUCAGACACCCAAGGGAGACGAGGCCAGGUACCUACGAAUUCACGUGAGGAAUCUUCUGGAUAAGACGGACAAGGCGCUGCUGCUUUUCAGAGAGGGGAAGGAGAAGAUUUUUGAAGAGAAGUCAAGUUGCCGGAGAAACCUGACGAAGCUUUCCCUGCUCUUCAGUCACAUGCUGUGGGAAAUAAAAGCCCUGUUUCCCGGAGGUAGUUUCCACGGCGAUGCUUACAGCGUGACCAAGACGGAGGCCCAAGACUUCUGGAGGCGGUCGUUCAGGCACAAGUGCAUAGUGCAGUGGAACAGUUUUAAAGAGAAGCUGCAGGACAUACACACGUUUGAAGAGGGGAUGGAGGCUAUGGCUUUGAAAUCCACUAUUGACCUGACAUGUAAUGACCACAUCUCAGUGUUUGAGUUUGACAUUUUCACCAAGUUAUUUCAGCCCUGGAAGUCCCUGCUCCGAAACUGGAACUAUUUAGCGGUAACCCAUCCCGGCUACAUGGCCUUCCUCACCUAUGAUCAGGUGGAGAGGCGCCUGCAGCACUACCUGCACAAACCGGGAAGUUACAUCUUCAGACUGAGCUGCACUCGACUGGGACAGUGGGCCAUAGGUCAUGUGACCGCUGAGAGUAAUAUCAUCCAGACCAUUCCCCAGAAUACACCUCUGUACCUGGCUCUGAUACAGGGUUACAAGGAAGGCUGCUAUUUAUACCCAGACGGCCGCGAUAUCAACCCUGACCUCACUACUCUAUGCGAAUCCUCCCAGAAAGGCAAAGUCAAAGUCACAGAAGAGCAGUACGAGUUAUACUGUGAGAUUGGCAGCACUUUCCAGCUGUGUAAGAUCUGUGCUGAGCGAGACAAGGACACUCGGAUCCAGCCCUGCGGUCAUCUGCUGUGCCGCACGUGCCUUUCAGGCUGGCAGCAGAAGUCAGCUGGACACACGUGCCCAUACUGCCGUUGUGACAUUAAAGGCACUGAGACGGUGGUGGUGGAGCCGUACACCCCUGAGACCGCUUCACACCAGGAAGUAGAGCGACGAGAAGAGACAGAGGAAGAAGACCACGAGGACAUCGAAGUCAUGGUCAAAGAAAUGGCUGCUCUAAAGUAUUCUAGUUUGGAGUACCAGAUGCCGUCCUCCUACCCUGCGCCUGUCCCGCCUGUGCCAGCUAAAGGCAGCAAACCCCCCCAAGGCCACGGGAACUCUUCACACCCCAAGAGUGACGCAAAACAUUCAAGGAGCUCGACUCAGAGCAACAAUGAAGCAUCCACAAUACAGAGCAACACCAAAAGGCCGCAAAGUGGUGACUCAAGUACCCUCAAGGAGAAGAGGUCUAGUGGUCCAAAACUGCAGAAACAGCGUACUCUCUCCAGCAGUGCUGAAUGUCUAACAGAACUUAAUCCAAACUUCCCCAAAAAGACUGAAUGUGCAGCGGCUUGGCUUGGACCGUCCAGCCCAGUCAAACAUCGGAGACGCCAAAUGGAUGUAGAACUGAGGAGAGCCGCCCAUAAGAAGGACAAAAGUUCCCUUGGAGAGAUGACAAGAACUAUGUCCUCCUGACCCCCGUCCAUUCGGUGUGCCUAGCUACCAUCACCUCACAAGAACUCACUCUCACAGAAAAACAUUUUAGCAGUAAUUUCCCAUCACAGGCAGAUGUGCGUGGGAGACAGAGACCACCGACUGCUCAGUAAUCACCUCACCAUCCGUUUGGGCUAUUCUAAAUAUAGGGUGAUUUUCUUAAUGAAUUUGUUUAUGGGGCUUCCAUUACGGCAGUGCAUCUCAUCUUUAUUAACUGCCUGGAAUGACAACAGUAAUGAGAGACUUGUUGUUAGGCUGAAAUUGAGUUGGGCGAGCUUAUGGUUGAGCUGAGAUAAAACGCAUGAAAGAACUCAUCGAUUAGUAAACAGAAUAACAAUUAAACAGCCACUACCUUUGUUUACUCUGGUGAAUCUUGCCACAACAAUCAUAAAUGAUCAGUAUUCAGAUCAGCGGUGGAUGAAAUGUUCA